AUGGGAACCAGGAUGAGAGAAUCAUGGGAGGUCAUCCUGGAGGCUCAGCUGCCAGGAGAAGUAAAGGCUGGCAGACCGGGCACCACCUUUAAUCGCCCUCCUAUAGAUGGCAGGCGUGGUGUGGAGGAGUCUUCCCGGAAGGCAUUGCUUUUACUUAAACACGAUCAAACCCUCACCCAAGUCACAUACCCCACGCCUACUCCAUGGACCGAGACCCUUUCACAUGAGUGGUUGGAUCUAAAGAAUGAAGCAAUCGUUUUUCACAAGAUAGCGCCGAAAGCAAAGAAGGAAGCUCCUGCCCCUCCUAAAGCCGAAGCCAAAGCGAAGGCUUUAAAGGCCAAGAAGGUAGUGUUGAAAGGUGCCCACAGCCACAAAAAAAAGAACAUCCACACGUCACCCACCUUCCGGCGGCCCAAAACACUGCGACUCCGGAGGCAGCCCAAAUAUCCUCGGAAGAGCACCCCCAGGAGAAACAAACUUGACCACUCUGCUAUCAUCAGGUUUCCGAUGACCACAGAGUCUGCCAUGAAGAAGACAGAAGACAACCACACACUUGUGUUCACUGUGGGUGUUAAAGCCAACAGGCACCAGAUCAAACAGGCUGUGAAGAAGCUCUAUGACAUUGAGGUAGCCAAGGUCAGCACCCUGAUUCGGCCUGAUGGAGAGAAGAAGGCAUGUGUUCAACUGGCUCCUCAUUAUGAUGCUUUGGAUGUUACCAACAAAAUUGGGAUCAUCUAAACUGAGUCCAGCUGGCUAAUUCUAAAUAUAUGUAUAUCUUUUCACCAUUAAAAAAAAAAAAGAAUGAAGCAAUCCUUAACCUUGGGAGGGUCCAGGGUUAGAGCCUGAGUAUUCAGAACAGUGAUGAAUCAAAAGGCCAAUGGUGUAUCCAAGAGCAGGAGCCUGAGGAAAGACAGGAAUGCAUUCAGGAUUGUGCUCUGGGGAACCCGCAGCGUUUUGGAAGGACCUGCUGGUGUGAAGAUGUACAUACCUGCUGGAAGAUCCCAGGUCGGGAGGUUAUACAGAGUACUCUCGAGGUGCUUCCCUACUUCUCUCUUCAUAUAGUUCUUUUCAUAUUUACCCUCCUCUCUGGGGCCCACUUUUUCUCCCUCUUGCUCAGCCCUGCUUUCAGACCAUAUCCCUUCUUCACUCAUCCAUGCCUCUUCCCACAAAAAUGUCCACAGGGCCUUCCAUACUGAGACUCUCAGGCAUCCUUUGGAGAAACUGAUCAACUUGCAAUUUGCGUGAAUGAAACUACAUGGGUGGCUGAUUUGUAACUCUAUCCUUACUUGGAAGCUGAGGAUGCAGAGACCCUCAGAGUAACUAGCUUGCAGAGGCUUUCUGAGUCCUAAUAUCAGUUAGAGUAAGGCUGGGACCACCACUUUGGUUUGGGGGUUUAUCAGUUCUAGUACUGAUGACAUAUCAUUUUAAAGUUCACUGGCUUGAAACAACUGUGUAUUAUUUCUCAUGAAUAUGAAUACGGGUCAGCUUGGGGUCAGGGACUAUAGGUUACACUCAGCUGUGUGGCUGUACCAGGCUCUGUUGGGCUCACUCACGCACGACCAACUGGGGCUAGACAGAUCUAGGAUGGACCUGGAAAGUGCCCUGCUCCACACAUCUCUUUCUCUUCCUGGACUGAUGGGCUGGCCCGAGUGUGCCUUUCCCAAGGCAGUCACAGAAGUGCACGAGAACGGCAGAAGUGCUUUCAAGGCCUCUUGAGGCCUACACUCAGAAUCGGCAUACUGUCUGUCAUUCAGAGGUCUCCAAGACUCCCUGUAAGUUCACUGAUUCAGUAGAAGGACUCAGAACACAGCAAAGCUGUUAUACUCAUGGUUACAGUUUACUAUAGGAAAAUGAUACGGAUUAAAUCAGCCAUGGAAAAAGGGUGCAUAGGAGACAGCAGGUGCUGACUUCCAGCUGUCCUCUCCCGGUGGAGUUUCACAGUCAGGGCUUCAUUCUCCCAGAAGGGAUGUAUGGCAACAUACAGGGAACACUGCCACCCAGGGAAGCCCACGCCAACCUUAGUGUGUAGGGUUCUUAUUGGGGUCUGGUCACAUAGUCAUGGCUGACUGCCCAUGUGGUGGGCCUUAGUUUCCAGCUUCUUCAGAGGUCACGUGGAUACUAUGUGGCUCACAACCCCCGCCAUAAAUCUCACUUCGUGUAGACUACAUGACAUGACCCACAGCCUCCAGGUAAACAAUGACAUUCUUAUCAGGCUGUCACAGGCCAAAACUUGCCUUGGAAUGGGCAGGUUUGGACCACCCAGGCAAGCUGAGUUAAUCCUUCAUUGCACAGCGUCCUUCUGCCACCUCCUGUUGGAGGCACAGCUGACGCGGCUGAAUCCAGGCAGACUGGGAGGGCACUACAGUCACAAAGCAAAGGGCGUGGAUUCAGAGAGAGGUGGUGAUCUGGGCCAUUAAUGUAAUUCACCAUGAAGGCCCCACCUGGGGUGAGGUGUGGGCUAGCACGUGGGCAGCCACAGGUGGCCCAUCUUAGUCUUAUGGUUGCUGGGACAUAAUGUGUAUUCACACCUCUGUGUUGUGCUGUUCUCCACCUUCUCACAACCUCUCAUUUAUCUAGAAAGUUCCAACUCAAAUUUCAAGACUUUCUUCCCCUGUGAGGCCUUCCCUGAACACCGGCCCAGCAAAGACCGGGUUCUCCUCAUGAACAGAUGAUGAUGAGACUAAUGAUCAUGGUUUGACCUUGUCUAAUGCUUUGAGGUGGGGAGACAGCUCAUUUGUCUCCUUUCUGAUUCUUUGUCUGUCUCCUGCUCCUGACCAUCCGCAAACUCAGUUUCACCUGGGAUAAUGAUUUACUCAGCUUCAGGUUUGCUUCGGAGACUCCCAGGCCCAGCCGCCUGGUUGCAUUCCUGGCCAAGGCCUGUUCUCUGCCCAGAGUGGAAAGCGCAGAGAGAUGUUUUCUUCUAAGUGCUGUUUCCAGUCCUCAGUUGUCACAUUCCCCACUCGAUUCUUCUCCUCCCCUAUGCGGAGGCUAUUUCCACUGCAGCACGAAAUUAGUUCGAAGUCUGUUGAUAUUCACUUGGGGUGGCUGGAAAAAUCUUAAAGAUAUAUUAGGAAAAGCUAUAGUUCAGUUUCAAACCUUUUGGAAGGUCAAAAGGUUUUAUUGGGGCAGGCCAAAGAAGGCCGGACGGUCCAUUAAUUUAGGGAGAAGAUGGGGACGUUGUUAAGAAGCUUUCCUAGUUAAAGUCUGUUUACCCCACAUCCCUUUGUCUCUGUUUACUCAUGUUAAUUUUGUGCCACCCUCUCGGGGAGAUCAAAAGGGAAUUACCUGUUAAUAGUGUUUACUCUGGCCCGGAACCUAAAGCUUUUAUGAUUCGUAAAAUCACUCUUUCAAUCAUGUUAAUUAGCCACAAGUGUGUUAACUUAGAACCUCUGUUGUAAAAUAUUGACUGAAUCAAUGUGUGGAUGGACAGAGGGUCUUGGUCAAUUGGUUGCAUUUUGCUCUCUUUUUUUUUUUUAAUUGAGAUAGUUUCACUGUUGUUGCCCAGGCUCACUGCAACUUCCACCUCUUGGGUUCAAGCGAUUCUCCUUCCUGAGCCUCCCGAGUAGCUGGGAUUAUAGACAUGCACCACCACACCCAGCUAAUUUUGUAUUUUUAGUAGAGACGGGGUUUCUCCAUGUUGGUCAGGCUGGUCUCGAACUCCUGUUGAUCCACAAACUUCGGCCUCCCAAAGUGCUGGGAUUGGAGGCAUGAGCCACCAUGCCUGGCUGCAUUUUGCCCUCUGAAAGCAGCCAACAUCCAUCCCUAGCCCACUUGAAUCACUGUAAUGGUGUGAGAGUACAUUCAUUCAUACUUCUUCGAGUCAGGGUCUGCAGGCCAGACCUCUGCAGGUGGUGGUGGUCGACAUCUCAGGACCCCUUACAAUCCAAGCUCCGUUUCCCAGGCUUGCAAAAUACUUUACGAGCAAAGAUAAUGCCUUCUCCUUGGUGCCCAGGCUGUGGAGGUGGGGGAGCAUUUCGUAUGAUCUGAAUCCCAGCAACUCCUGGGCCUGUCUCAAAGCAAAACCAAGUCACCUGAUUAUUUUAUCUGACCCUGAAGAUGUCUACUGCCUCUUCCCAAAUGUUACCCACUCCAUGAAACCUACCUUAAUCCCUUAGUGGGAAGGAUUCCUCUCCAGUCUGAAAUAUUAUAUCUCCAACCACAUUCUUCCUACUAUUAAUUCCUUUUCUGUACGGGCCCAUGUCACCCACCAUGUUGUAGGUAAUCUAAGGCCAGGAACCAUAUCUGUUCCCUGCAUGAGACCCAAGGCUUAGGGCACAGUGGGUCUCCUGUAAAUGUUUCCUCAGUAACUGUUCAGUGAUAGCUGGUGGAUGGCCUGAAGCAGCCUCAGUCCCUAAAAGUCAAACUGGGAAGAGAAAGAAGAGGUCAGAUGAUCGCUAUGUCCAACCCAUUCCUGCAGGUCCAGAGCCGAGGGGCAGGGGAGGCCACUCGAUGGGGAUGCUGAGGCUGAGAGGGGGAGUCACAAUGCCAGGGGAGUGGCCGGUCGGGAAAUAGGGAACUCAACUUGACAGUGGGGAUUUGAUUUAGUCACCUUUAUGUCUCAGGACUUAGUGAAACACCACCCACCAAGAAAUAGCAGGACCAAACAAAGCUGUGAGUGAGGAGCAGGUGGCAAGUUGGAGGCCAGAGGAGCAGGUAAAAUCAGGCACUGAAAUUAUAGCUAGGACUAAAGCAAGUGGUUUCUUUAAUUUUUAAAAUUUUUCAUUAUUAUGAUUACUUAAUCAUGUAUAUAUUUAUAGGGUACAUGCAAUAUUUUGAAAUAGACAUGCAGUGUGUAAUGUAAUCACAUCAGGGUGAUUGAGAGUAUUCAUAAAAAGAUCUUAAAAGGCUGAAGUUGGGGAUGGGAUAAUGGGCCUAGAGUGAAUCUGGUAG